ACAAGGGAAGAAGGGGACGAAGAAGAAAACCAAGAACAAGAAGAAGAGCAAGCGGAAGCGCAAGGAAAGAUAAGGAAAACAGUUGAAAUGGUGGACGUUAGUAGAAAUGUGGAGGAAGUCCGUAAUCGGAUUCUUUUAGGAGAAUUUUGCGUGAGAAAUGUUCACACAAGUGAUUUCCCUGGAAACUACCCUGGCUAUGACGACACUUGGGAUAUGCAGGCUUUCCAAAAGCGCUUCAGAAUUGAUGUGGCGGAGGUCAGCGAGAACUUGAUGGAGUUUGACAUGGUGGGGAUCGAUGCAGCUAUUGCCAAUGCCUUCAGAAGGAUCUUACUAGCAGAGGUGCCCACCAUGGCUAUUGAAAAGGUUUUCAUCUAUAGCAACACAUCUAUUGUCCAAGAUGAAGUGCUGGCACAGAGAUUAGGCCUCAUCCCUAUCAAAGCGGACCCCUUUCUCUUUGAGUACAGAAGUACUGAGAAGGAGUAUGCAGAAGAGGAAGUUUCGGAAAUAGACACAAUUCAGCUAUCCCUCAAGAUUAAAUGCACCAGGAACGCUAAAGCGGGCAAAGACAUCUCGGAUCCGCGAGAACAAUAUUCAAACAACAAAGUCUAUUCCAGAGAUGUUAAAUGGGUCCCAAUCGGUAACCAAGCAGAUGUGUUUGCUGACUCCAAUAUUGGACCAGUAUACGAUGAUAUCCUGAUAGCGCUGCUCCGGCCAGGACAGGAACUGGACAUUGUCAUGCACUGUGUCAAAGGAAUUGGGAAGGAUCAUGCCAAGUUCUCUCCCGUGGCCACAGCGAGUUACCGCCUCCUGCCGGAGAUCACCCUCCUCGAUACAGUGCGGGGAGAGAAGGCAGAACGUCUAAAACGUUGCUUUUCCAAAGGCGUUAUACAACUGGAAGAUGAUGAAGGGGGCAAGAUUGCUAAAGUAGUCAACAGUCGCUUGGAUACAUGCAGCAGAGAAGUUCUCCGUCACGAUGACUUAAAGAAUGUGGUGAAACUCGGACGAGUGCGAGACCAUUUCAUCUUUUCGGUGGAGUCUACUGGAAUUCUGCCCCCGAAUAUCCUCGUCACAGAAGGCAUCAAAGUCCUCAUGGCCAAGUGUCAGAGAUUCCUCAAUGCACUGGACUCGACCGACGCAGAGUGAAAUAAUGGGAACAUCUAUCGCAGGGCUUCCUGUAGAAUUGUUAGUUCGUACCUUCAUUUUGCAAUUAAACUUUUGUGGGACAAAAAAAAAAAAAAGCAUUUUGUUUGAAUUUAUUAGCACUGUACACUGCUGAAA